GAGGUUUCUGGGAUCGGGCGGCGCUCGGAGCGCUCCCCAUCCCACUGCGCGGGUCUUUCAUAGUCUUUCGCCUUCCUUUCAUUUCCUGUUCCUUCCGAAAGGGCUGUGCUCGGUACUCCCGUUAACCCUUAGGAGUCACAGCGCGGCUAACUCCUAUUCAUCCUUCAAAACCCGUCUUUGGUGGUGUGUUGUUCGUGGUUUGGUCGGUCUGUGGCUGCGGGACGGGACCCGUGUUUUCUGUUUAACAUAUGCCCACACCAGACCCAAAGCAGGGCUUGACAGAGUAGGUCGUCAGGAAAUGUCUGUUGAAUUGAAAACAUCCUAUUUCGUUUGCUCCCUUUUGCCCUCUCUCAUCAGGUUGCCUUCCGCAGAUAUUUCUAAUCUCUUGAAACAGUGGAUAGAACCCACAGAAGGUCCUGUCCGCACGAGAAAGGGCCUCUUUUCUCCUGGGCUGGCGCCUUUUGUUCCAUCUGGUUGUCUUCCUCUUGAUUGAAUCAUUCAUCAUUUUUCUUCCCCUUUUCUUUCAUCUUAGAAACAAAAGGCAGCAGACACUUCCUGAGUCGACUGUUGUUCCCACCCUCCGUUUUGGUCUGUUCUCCUUGAAUUGUCCCUGACUCUCACCCCUGGAGUUGGUUGAUUCUGUUGCUUCAGCUGGCUCAUCACCUCUGCUCUCCUGCCUCCUUGAGGACGAUACCCAGAUGGCUUCUAAGGCCUUCUUCAGCCUCCCUAAGAAACUGCAGUACCCCCAGUUCCUUUUUGUAAUUUUCUCCUUUUAAUGUCUCAAUACCUGCUUCCUGUGGCUAACUCGACUUGGGGUGUCUUUCCCCACUGGCUUGUGAGUGUGGUGAGCACCGAAUAUCCUUUUCUGUUUUGCUUAGUGCUGGUUUCCAAGCGCCCAGUGUUUGUUGAGUGGUGAGUGGAAUGUGGAGGGAGCAGAGAGUCUCAGGAGCCCUGCUGUCUAUGGGUAUUCAUCCCAGCCUUUCUGCCUUGCCUUAUUUGGGAGUGAAGCUGAUGGGCCUCCCUGCUCCCUGAUCAUCCUCCUUAGGCCUGUCCUGUGAGCUGACCACUGUGGGUGGGGCAGGUGGGAAAUCAUCCUUCAGGCUGAGCACAAGCUCCCUGGUAGUGGGAGCGUGGUGGAUUCUCUUUGGCCUUAAGGACCUGUGAUGGGUGGCUCUUGGGUGCAGUGGAGGAGGCUGGCCUUGGGACCUGGUCAGAUGUUUUACAGAUCACAUCACUUGUAGAGCAUGGUUCCUUGAGUUUAGAAAUAGUCUUUCAUAUUAUGUUCAAUUCAGUUUUAGAAGGGCUGGCCAGUUUAGAAGCUCUGGGUGUGGAUGUUGUUACUUGCCUGAGGCUGUGGGUGGGGAAGGCUGGCUUGAGACAUGAAUAUGACCUGACCUGGCAGUGGAGCCUUCUGGCUAAUGGGGCCAUUUGGGGGAAAGGUGUCCAGGGGGAGAGGUGGGUGACAGGCUGUCUGGAAUGAGGUAGCAAAGGCCUUGGAGGGAGCCUCUUGCUGGCCUUACUCCACAUGUGGAGAGCCACAGGAUUCCCCUCAACCCCACUGUGCUGAGGAUUGACCCAGGACCUUGUAUAUGCUAGUCAAGUGCUAUACCACUAAGCCACAUCUACAGCCCUGUCACAGAGGAACUCCUCUGCUGUGUGACUCUGUGCAUUUGGCAUGAAAUGGGUAGAUUUGGGUUAUUCCUUCAGAACUUCUCCCACCACUAUUGGGUAGACUGACUCCUUAGGACCUUAGCCUCGUGUUGUGGAGUUAUGACUGGCUUCUAGCUGGGCAGAGGAAAAACAGGGAAGAGCUUCUGCCUGUGGGGGAGGACGAGGAUGGUGGUGUGGCUUUCCACCUGGGGAUUCUGGGCCUCCUUCCACUUCAGUGUUUCAGACCUUGCCUCAUUCCUGUUGGUAUUGUGCCGUGGCAAGACAAGAAACCAAAUCUUCGAUGGCUUCGCUGGUGGCAUAUGAUGACUCUGAUUCAGAGGCUGAAGCUGAACCUGCUGGAAGUGUGAAUGCUCCUGGGCAGAUGAAGGAUGCUUCUGGUGUGGUCACAUCUCCCAGGCAAGACUUUACAUCAGGUAUAAAGGAUGUGACAAACGAAGGGGCACAGGGUACAGAGCAUGGUCCUCAUGAAGAUCCUGGGGAGCAUCGUCUCCCCCUGGUUCGACUCUGGAGAAGGGAUCCAGGAUCUUGCCCCAGCCAGAGGCUACAAUGGCCUGUGAAGGAGCCGGAAGUCACCUUCCCCACCAGUGAGCCUUCUCACCCCUCUUCUCUGUGGACGUGUUGUGCUCCUGCUGGCCACAUGCCCCUGGCAGCUGCCCGCCUGAAGCAAGUCAGACUCUCCUGGGAGUCCCCUGAGCCAUCCUUCUGUUCUCCAAACAGAUCUGAAGCCACAGGCAAAAAUGCCAUUUCUUUUCAGAGGAAAAGGUGUGAGGACUGUGUCGUACCAUACACCCCAAAGAGACUGAGACAGCUGCAGGCAUUCAGCACAGAAACAGGCCAGAAGAAAGAUGUGGAGCUGCAGAGCCCCUCUUCAGGUUGUGCUCCCGCCCCUCUCUGUGUGACCCCCAGAGUGUCCGAGUUGAUUCAGCCAUAUUUGAACAGUCAGUGCAGAGAAACCAGGGUGCCCAGGACCGUGCUUUUCCACCUGCGUGGCCACAGGGGCCCCGUCAAUAGCAUUCAGUGGUGUCCUGUCCCCUCCAGGAGCCAUAUGCUCCUCUCCACAUCUAUGGACAAAACCUUCAAGAGCGAAUGGAGCCGAGCUCAUGCUCUGUCUUCCGCUGGAGUCUGGGACUCUUCACUGAGGUCUGAGGUGCUUCUCCUGCCAUACUGGGUGUGGAACGCUGUGGACUCGGGGCGCUGCUUGCAGACCUACUCCCUGCACCGUGAGGCUGUGCGGGCUGCCCGGUGGUCUCCCUGCGGCGGGCGCAUCCUCAGUGGCGGCUUCGACUUUGCCCUGCACCUCACAGACCUGGAAACAGGAACUCAGCUAUUUAGUGGUCGAAGUGACUUUAGAAUCACCACCUUGAAAUUUCACCCAAAAGACCACAGUAUUUUUUUAUGUGGAGGCUUCAGCUCUGAAAUCAAAGCGUGGGACAUAAGGACCGGCAAGGUGGUGAGAGGCUACAAGGCAACCAUCCAGCAGACCUUGGACAUCCUCUUUCUCCAGGAAGGCUCUGAGUUCCUGAGCAGCACCGACGCUUCUACCCGGGACUCUGCUGACCGUACUAUCAUUGCCUGGGAUUUCCGGACCUCCGCCAAAAUCUCCAACCAGAUUUUCCACGAGAGAUAUACCUGCCCCAGCCUUGCCUUGCACCCAAGAGAGCCUGUAUUCCUGGCACAGACCAAUGGAAACUACCUGGCCCUCUUCUCUGCUGUGUGGCCUUACCGGAUGAGUAGACGGCGGCGCUAUGAAGGACACAAGGUCGAAGGCUAUGCAGUGGGCUGUGAGUGUUCUCCGUGUGGUGACCUGCUGGUGACAGGCAGUGCUGAUGGCCGGGUCCUGAUGUUCAGCUUCCGCACAGCCAGCAGGGCAUGUACGCUGCAGGGGCACAUGCAGGCCUGUGUUGGCACCACCUACCACCCCGUGCUGCCCUCCGUCCUCGGCACCUGCUCCUGGGGAGGUGACAUCAAGAUCUGGCACUGAUCCCAGCUGGGCCUGGGGCCCCCUUCUUCCUCAGGGAAGGGAGUUUGGGCACUGAAAUUGGCUUUGGGUUGGACCUAGGCAGAUGCUGCCUCCACCACCUGCUGAACCUCUGUUUCCUCAUUUGUAAAGUGGGGACAAGAAUCUGUCUCAGGGUUUUGAAGACUACAUGAGUGAAAGCACCUGCCAGGUGGCCGGUGAUGCCCAAUAAACGUUGCUUUUCUACUUCUUA